AUUCUCUCUCUCUCUCCUUCUCGUUCCAUCUCUUUCCCCUUCUCUCCUCUCCAUGUUCCGUUCUUCAUUGCGUUGAUUUCGAAAUCCAGCAUUUCUGUACGGCCCGAAAUCGAAGCCUUAAAUCGCCGCUGAUUCGGUGAAUUCCAGGUCAAUUUGUCGGAAUUAGGGUUCCGAUACGUUAUCGGGGAUUGAAGAUUUGGAAUUUGUUUUAUUCGGAAACGGAGAAGAUUCAGUUUGGAGGAUUGCGUUGAAAGCCUUGGGGAAAUCUUUGUAGAUUUGGGGCGCAUUGUUUUGUGGAUAUGAUAUUGUGGUCAAAUAAAGGCUAAAUUGAGCAUAAAUCUUGGUGAAAACAGCCGUUUUUAGCCUCUCGAUCGAGUUUCUGAGUUGAAAUUUGAUGAUGGAUCAUGUGAUUGGAAAUAAGUUUAAGCUUGGAAGGAAGAUUGGGAGUGGGUCUUUUGGGGAGCUCUAUUUAGGUGUUAAUGUACAAACAGGAGAGGAGGUUGCUGUCAAGCUUGAACCUACGAAGACCAAGCAUCCGCAACUUCACUAUGAAUCAAAAUUGUAUAUGCUUCUUCAAGGAGGAACGGGAGUUCCCCACCUGAAGUGGUUUGGAGUUGAGGGUGAAUACAAUGUUAUGGUUAUUGACCUUCUUGGACCAAGUUUAGAAGAUUUAUUCAACUAUUGCAAUCGAAAAUUGACGUUGAAGACAGUAUUGAUGAUGGCAGAUCAAUUAAUUAACAGAGUUGAAUACAUGCAUUCAAGAGGUUUUCUUCACCGUGAUAUAAAGCCUGACAACUUCUUAAUGGGGCUAGGCCGUAAAGCCAAUCAGGUGUACAUUAUUGAUUAUGGUCUUGCAAAGAAGUACAGGGAUCUUCAAACUCAUAAGCACAUACCUUACAGGGAGAACAAGAACCUCACAGGCACAGCUCGUUAUGCAAGUGUUAACACUCACCUUGGUAUUGAACAAAGCAGAAGGGAUGAUCUGGAAUCUCUCGGUUAUGUGCUUAUGUAUUUCCUGAGAGGAAGUCUUCCUUGGCAGGGGUUAAAAGCUGGCACCAAAAAGCAAAAAUAUGAUAAGAUCAGUGAGAAGAAGGUCUCUACUCCCAUAGAGGUCCUUUGCAAGUCAUUUCCAUCAGAAUUUGUCUCCUACUUUCACUACUGUCGAUCAUUGCGGUUUGAAGAUAAACCAGAUUAUUCAUAUUUGAAGAGACUUUUUAGAGACUUAUUUAUUCGAGAAGGUUAUCAAUUUGAUUAUGUGUUUGACUGGACCGUGUUAAAGUAUCCCCAGAUUGGUGCCAGCUCCAGGGGACGGCAUGCCAGUGGAAAACCGGGUCUGAAUGCUGGACCAUCUGUAGAAAGACCGGAAAGAAUCUCAGUUGGGAAAGAGAUUCGGGAUAGAUUCUCUGGUGCAGUUGAAGCAUUUUCCAGGAGGCAUGUAUCAGGUUCCAGUCCACGUAAUGAUCUUUCAAAAUACAGGACUUAUGAAGAAGUACCUUCCUCGAAAGAUGCGCACCCUGAACCUGAAAGAGGCCGCAGUUCUUCCCGAUAUGGCAGCAGUUCAAGAAAAGCAAUCAUCUCAAGCGGCAAGCCAAGCUCUUCAGCGGAGCCCAGCGAGAACCGUACAAGUCGAAUAGUGUCGAGUAGUGGCCGUCCUUCAACCACACAAAGAAUUCUGCCUGGGUUUGAAGCCAAAUCAUCGUAUACUCGCACGUCAGCCGCAAGAGGCGCCCGAGACGAUCCUCUCCGUAGCUUUGAACUCCUUUCUAUUAGGAAGUGAAGGAGAGCGUUCUUUUAUGCAGCUUAUUGAUAAAUACCCCUCUACGUGAUGAAUUACUGAUUUUUUAUUUUUUUUUCCUUUCACUCUUUGUACAUGGGGUUCAUCUAAUCGCCACCAAUAUCUUUUAUGACGGAUGUAUCCUCUGGCAUUUGUUUUGUCAUUAUCUCUACAUGAGCAUUUGGCCAUUGUAACGUUGAUACUUGAUACACGAAUCCCCUAGAGCAGAGAAUUUACAUGCGGUCUUUCUACAUGUGAACUUUUUCUUGGAGGGGUCUUUCUGUACCGGAUUCGAGAAACUGUAAUAAUUCCUUUCUUAUUAUAUAUAAUACACGUCCUCAUUGAGACCAGUCUGAUAUCACA